AUGGAUGCAUCAACAGUGUUAUAUAACCAGCUCAAGGCAGCAGAACCAUUUUUCUUAUUAGCGGGUCCCAAUGUGAUUGAAUCUGAAGAGCACAUUUUCCGGAUGGCCAAGCACAUAAAGCAUGUUGCAACAAAAGUUGGAUUGCCACUGAUUUUCAAGUCAAGCUUUGAUAAAGCCAACCGUACAUCCUCAAAAUCAUUCCGCGGUCCUGGUCUCACUGAAGGCUUAAAGAUCCUUGAAAAGGUUAAAGUAGCAUAUGACAUCCCUAUAAUUACAGAUGUCCACGAAGCUGGCCAGUGUGAAGAAGUUGGUAAAGUUGCAGACAUUAUUCAGAUUCCUGCAUUUUUGUGCCGCCAGACAAGUCUUCUAGUUGCAGCAGCCAAUACUGGAAAAAUUAUCAACAUUAAAAAAGGCCAAUUCUGUGCACCUUCUGUCAUGGUAAACUCUGCUGAGAAGGUUAGACUGGCUGGAAAUCCAAAUGUGAUGGUCUGUGAAAGGGGAACUAUGUUUGGCUAUAAUGAUUUAAUUGUUGAUCCGCGCAAUUUGGAGUGGAUCAGAGAAGCUAAUUGUCCUGUUGUUGCUGAUGUAACACAUGCAUUGCAACAGCCUGCUGGGAGAAAGUUGGAUGAUGGAGGUGUAGCUAGUGGUGGUCUUCGUGAAUUGAUUCCGUGCAUUGCAAGGACAGCAGUUGCUGUUGGAGUGGAUGGAAUUUUCAUGGAGGUACAUGAUGAUCCUUCUAACGCACCGGUUGAUGGUCCAACUCAAUGGCCCUUGCGCCAUUUGGAGGAACUGCUGGUAGAGCUUGUAGCAAUUGCUAGGGUAAGCAAAGGGAAGCAACGCUUCAACAUUGAUCUCACACCCUAUCGUGAUUAG